GCCUUUUGAGCCCUCAGCAGCAAGGCUUUGACAUUGAUAUCCUGCCCCCUCCCCCCGGGGCAUUCUUUGGGUGAUUGUUGGGAAGGGUGGGUGGUUUGUUGUCUGUGAUAAUGACGUCUUCUUCGGCCGGGACAGCGAAAUCUCCAACGGGAUCUGCACCAACCACCUACCUGAAGGAAUAUAUGGACAGUGUGGCCAGCCUGCCAGGAGAGCUGCAGCAGAAUUUCCUCCGGAUACGAGCUCUCGACUGCAGGUCACAGGAACUUCAUCAGAACAUCGCGGAGCAGUGCACGCUGCGUCUGGAAGAAGUGAUGGCCCGAAAUGCGAGGUUUGGGGGAGAGGGAGGUGGUGGGGACCACAAGUCAGCAGCCAUAGUGGCAGAGCGGACGGCGGCGAUCGAACGAGACCAGAUUCUCGGUAUGAAACUUGCGAAUGAAAAGGUCACACUUGCCAUGAAGACCUAUGACUUGGUAGAUGGCCACAUAAGGAGGUUGGAUAAGGACAUGAGGAAGCUGGAGGAGCAGUUGAAGAAAGAGAGGGAGUUUCUCGGCGAUGCGGCGACGGACAUGAAGAUGCUAGCCUUCCUUGGAAGACCUACUGGUGAUGGAACGGAUGGGAGUAAAGCUGCGGCAGUGGGAGAAGGAGGGGGUGCAGGGGGACUUUCAGGAGAAGCUGGAGGAGCAGAGUUAGGAGGAGGAGGAGGAGGAGGAGGAGGAGGAGGAGCUGCCACCGUGACCAGGAUGGUUCAUCUGGAUCUAGACCUUCCUGUUGAUCCCAAUGAACCUACCUAUUGCCUCUGCAAUCAGGUGUCUUAUGGUGAAAUGAUUGCUUGUGACAAUCCCUCUUGUAAGAUUGAGUGGUUUCAUUUUGAAUGUGUAGGAUUGACCAGCAGUGAUGAUCGACCCAAGGGAAAAUGGUACUGCCCCACUUGUGCAACAACUAUGAAGAAGCGAAAGAAGUAGACGUCUCUUUGUCCUCCUCUCUCUCUCUCUCUCCCUCUCUCUCUUUCUCUGUGCUUUCUAUGUCUAUAUAUCUAUCUAUCUACCAUUUCAUGUCUUUGAUGUAAUCCCUUACUCCUUACAGCCUCCCUGUGCCUUGUUCUCUCUCUCUUUUCUCUCUUCUUCUGUCCUGGUCUUCUUGGACCAGUUGCCGGACCUAUUCUUUCUGCAGUUCCCUCUUCUAUUACGUUCUAGCCGUUCCCGCAUGUCCUGCUUGUGCAGCAACAAUGAAGGAGCAAAAGAGCU